AUGAAUAUUUCAACAUCAACGUUCUCGACGAAGAGAACUGGUCUGAAGAAGGUUGAGGAAGAAGAGAAUGCCGCUACCUUACAAUUAGGAGAAGAGUUCCAGUUAUCACAGCUCAACCAUCAGGGCCAGGAAGAGGAGCUGAUCGCCUUAAAUCUAAGCGAGGCCAGGCUGGUGAUCAAAGAAUCACUAGAAAUGCGUAAGCGACUUUUUAAGCAGUGGAACAAACGUGAAGACGCGAUGGAGGCCGACGACGACGUUGACGAGAAUGGCCAUGCUCAGAGCCACGAAAAAGAACUGCAAAGUAUUGACAGGCUUUUGGAGACGGCCACUGGUGGUAACAACCAAGCUCUGAAGCAGACCCUUGUCUAUUUGACAAAUUUUUCCCGGUUUAAAGACCAGGAGACAGUCACGGCGGUUACUCAACUUUUACAAAGCACCAACCUACAUCCCUUUGAGAUAUCUCAACUUGGGUCCCUUUCGUGUGAGGACGCCGAUGAAGCUAAGACGCUGAUUCCAAGUCUUGGGAAUAAGAUAUCGGACGACAACCUGGAGAGAAUUCUCAAAGAGCUCUCGAACCUUGAGACUUUGUAUUGA